AUGACGGCGCAGGCCUUCACACUCGCCAGCAGCAGCAGCAGCAGCAGCAGCAGGAACCGGCAUCAUCACAAGGCAGAGUUGAAGAAGCACACGCGCUACCGCUCGCGGACAGCAGCAGCCUUGCGGGCAGCGCACCAGGAGGGUUAUCCGGAUGGGGAUGCUUGGUGGGAAGGAGACAUCGAUCCCUGGACCGAGGCAGAAAGCAGGGCCUUGAUGCAGCAGUUCAAGGAGAGCGUGCUGCGGGAGGACGGCCUGUCCGUACGUGUCAUGGGCGACGAAGGCGCCAAGGAGCUGGCCGACCAAGCUGCAACCGGCCUCCUCGAUCUCGUGGAUCGAGAGUUCCACAGCAGGAUAAGCCGCGCCUCCGGCGGUGGCAGCGCAGACCACGUUACCGCCACUCACAAUGGGCGUCCCGCGACGGACGGGAGGAAAAGAAGCGUGGUCUCGCCUUUUUCGACGGCACCGGAAAGAGAUAGAGAUGAGGAAGAAGAUAGCGAAGAAGGCGACGGCCUGGAUUGGUUGGACGGGAUCGAAAGGGAGGCAGCGGGGGCAAGGAGCAGGCCCGGCGGUACAGGAGGCGUGAAGCGCACGGAGGGCACGCUGUUGGGAUAUGAUGCCACCGCCCAACCCUUGCCAGUUUUGGAGUCUAUUGGGGACAGGGCGGAGUACGAGUCGGCGUUGGUAGCCUUGAAGGCGUAUCACCGGCAGCACGGAAACCUCCUCCUGACCCAGAACUACCUCAUGCCCGACGAGGAAGAAAGCGGGAACAUGUUGGAGUACCGUGGGUGGCGUUUGGGGCAAAAGGUGUACACGAUGAAGUUCUGGAAGAGGCACGUGAGAGACCGACCAUCAAGGAGAGCGGAGUUGGCUAAGCUGGGCUUCGUCUGGGGAAGGUUGCAGGACGAGUACAAUUUGUUUCUGGAGGCGUUGUUGGCCUACAGAGAUAUCGAGGGGUGUCUACUUGUUCCCACUUCGUUCGUCGUCCCGGAAACGGAGCCCUGGCCCCUCUCGUGCCAGGGCAUGAGGCUUGGGGCCAAGGUGGCUGGGGUGAGAAAUCAGAGCUUGUACGUCAGGACGGAUGUUGCGCGAUGGUACCAGCUGGAUGCGAUAGGCUUCGUAUGGGAUCUGUCGGACGCCCCUUUCCGCCAGGUGUACGACGCCCUGCUGCAGUACAAGGCUGAGCACGGCAAUCUUCACGUACCGGUGGCCUUUCGCGUGCCGUCGAGCCCGCCGUGGCAUCAAGACCUGUGGGGGCUGGCACUGGGGCAAAGGGUCCUCGACAUCCGAGCGACGCAUCGAUACAUCCGCAACGAUCCGGAGCGAAUUCGGCUGCUGAACGAGGUCGGCUUCCGCUGGACUGAUGCCACCACAGCUAGCUACGGCAACGUCGUGCGAGCGCUAAAGGCGUACCGCAAGAUCAAGGGCCGCGACUUAUCGGUACCGAGCUCCUUUGUCGUGCCAUCCUUCCUCCCGUGGCCACAGUCGUGCUGGGGGCUCCGGCUGGGAACAGCUCUCGUCGACAUUCGCAGCAAGGGCAGGUAUCUAAAGGGAGAAGAGAGGCAGCAGAGGCGCAACGAGCUGGAGCGCUUGGGGGUGUUCGCGCAGUCGCGGGAGGCGAUCCUGGGGAACGUGGUAAAGGGGUUACGGACCUAUCUCAGUGUGUUUGGGGACACCAUGGUCCCGCAGGGGUUCGUAGUCCCAGAAGGGGAAGCCUGGCCGGAAGAAUGCAGGAAACUAAAGCUGGGUUCAAUGCUGUACGGCCUCCGCAGGAACCCCGAUCGGCUGAACCGGCACCCGGAGAUACGGGCGGAGAUCACCGCACUAGGGUUCAGCUGGAAGGUACCCAAGAGGGGCCGUCGGAAAAGUAUCGACACCACUGCUGCCGCCGCCGCCGCUACAUAUGCCGGGGUCGAUGGCACGGCGCCGAGAAGUAGAGGCCGCGGCAGGAACGAAGCGCUCGGUGGGGAGCCGGGAGGCGUAGCGGCGGCAGCAGCAGCGGUCCUGCGACCAUCGCCACCGCCGUCGGAUGCCGCUGUUGUUGUGUUGGCGGCCGAAGGGGUCGGGCAGGACGUCGAAGGCCCUUCGCGGUUAGGCGAUGGAGCUGGUGGUCGUGGGUUUGAUGUUGGGGGUGAGGGUGGUACUGUUGUCAGUGAUGGUAGGUCUGAAGGUGUGCGUGCCCGAAGUCGGGCACAUGGUGAAGAUAGCACCACAGCGAAGACGAAUAAAGGUAGCGUAGUAGCGAACGGUAGUUCAAGUUGUAGGAAUAGAGCGGGUCGACUCCUGUCCCCCGCAGGCUGUUAGAAGAAGGUGGGGAGAUGUUGGGAGGGGGGGGCGGCGUGCGGGCUGUUGGGCCGCCGGGCGCUGGAGCUUAGACUAGCGCACCUCGCUAGAAGCGCCAUGUUCGCAAAAGGUUUCGUGGCACGCAAUUCGCUGAUUGGUCAAUGCACCUGCAGUGGAAUUUUCAAAUUGGUAAAAGAACAGGGACGGCCCAAGAUCGUUGGUCGACGGGUGGGGUAAUCCACGGCCAAACCGAGGGGUGCUGAAGGUUUGCCGUUUACUUUCGAAGCUAGUGGUUGCUUGUUCGAACCCGGUGCGCUGUACGUUUCAGGAGGCGGAAAUGUUUACCGUUUCGUUUCGAAACUAGUGGUUGCUGGUUCGAACCCGGUGCGCUGUAAGUUUCUUUGCGCGGCCUUAAGCUAGGAUAUUUGGCCCCUAACCGCAACCCAACCGACCCGACCCAAACCUAUGGCAGUGGAAAGUGCUAGGUCACUACACGAAGCAAGCCUAGGCCGCGGCAAGCCGCGGGGCUGGCGCUAGGUUGCUGCACCGUUUGCGUUCUAGGUUGCUGUUGCUGUCCCGUUUAGGCUAACUAAGCCGCGGCGCAGGAGGGGGUAAGGGCUAGGUUGCUGUGCACCGUCAGGGCUAGGUUGUUGUUCGUCAGGGCUAGGUUGCUGUACGGUGUCAGGGCUGCACCUACCCAAGGAGUGUUUCAAGAAAUGGUGUCCCGACAUGGAGAUCACU